UUUGGCUCAAGCCCCUUUUGGCUCGCGAGAGCGGGGGCCCGCGCGCGCCCGCUGCGUCUCAGACUUUUUGACGGCCCCCUCGCGCCGACCAUGCCGCAGAGCCCGCCGCCGGCCGCGCCCGCGUGCUCGCGGCCCACGCGCCGCCUCCCGGCCUGCGUCGCGCCUGCGCUCCUCGCCCUCGCCGCCCUCGCCGCCCUCCUGGCGUGCGCCGCUCGCGGCGGGGCCAGCGGGCCCCCCGCCGAGCCCGCGGGGGGCCAGGAGUUCCUCGUGGCCAGGAAGAGGUCCUGGUCGGGCGUGGCGAUGGACUCGGUCGGGGUGUUCUCUGGCCUCAGGAUCCUGCAGGAUUUCCAGAGGGCGGCCUUUUGGGAGCGCCAGUGCCCGAUCCACGUCCUCGCACACGGCACGGACAGCGACGUCGAGGUCUAUUCGGCGGCAUACAACGAGUGCACCGGGGUGUCUGACGUCGUGUAUUACAAGGUAUUUGCCGGCCGCUUCGUGAAAGGUGGCGGGCGCGGUGGUGGUUGGUCGAACGACGAAGAGUUGGUUAAUCUCAUGUCCGACUUGGGCAAGAAGCCCAACGAGUACGCGACCGUUGUAGACUACCAGGGCUGCGGUCUCUUCGGCCUGGACCGUGGUCACCAGGCGCCGGUCGCCAGCUUCAACUCCGACGAGGAGGCGGCCAGCAUGACGAACACGCCAACCAACCUCUCCCCGCAGAACGGCUACCUCAACCAGCAGACGUGGAAGUUCUUGGAGAUGGAGAUGCGGUCGAAAUCCGAAGACGCCGACGAUGAUGACGUUGAGGAGCCGACUAGCUUCGAGCUGAUCACCGGUCCCCUGUACGAGUUGCCAGAUGCAUUCUUCACGAACGAGCGUGGGGCGGAGUUGUGGGAGGAAUUGUUGUGGAGCGGCGGCGACGUGAACCUUAAUGGCCAGCCUUGGUGCGACUUAGACGAGGAGGACGAUGGUUUUCGUUCGACGCCACUGCCGAAAGCUGGCGGCAAGGCGCGUGAGGAGAAAGUCACGUGUCACACAGGCCGGACGAAGAUGGACAAACCGUCUGACAAUCCCAACAAGCUCAGUAUCCAUUAUCAGCGGAAAAAGAAGAUGUUCCCGCUGCGCAUCCCACUUGGCUACUACAAGCUUGCCGUCCUCAGUGACGAAAGCUCGUAUGGCCGCCACAUGUGCCCGUACGUCAUGGAUCAGACAGGGCAGUGCAUGUUGGUGAGCUUGGACGUGUUGCUCAAAUUGGCCCACCUCGAUUUGGACGAUUCGGAUCUCGCGAGCCUGGGCGGGUUGGAAAUCCAGCCCGAGAAGUCUAACAAAAUGUACUCCGCUAAGGUGGACCCCAAGUUCUGCUUCCGCGAGGGCGGCACGAUCGACAAGAGGAAGCUCUGCGGCGACGCCAGCCACCUGAACAACAUCCGGGUGCCGACGAUGGACAGCUAUUGGCAGGAACGCGAGGCGGCGGCGUAGCGACGCGGUUGCAGCAUCGCUCAGGAGGAGGAAACGUUUCGCAACCCUGCGUGAUGCAAGCAGUCACGGCUCGUUCACCAGCCAAAAUUUUGAAGUUUCAGUUUUUGACAUUGUUGUAGGCUGUAGGCACUUCCCAGUUUGUCAAAACAUGUUGCCGUCGCACAGCGGUGCAAUUGAAUGAGUGAUUUCCCUAGACACGGCGAUUCGCGACAAAUGCGAAGCCGUCUCAUGUGGAUGAUCGUGCUGGCGCAUGUUGCCAGAUAUCCAGGUCGCUACCUUCGCAGUUUUUGUUUGGAUCUGCAGACACGUCGAUUCCCAAACAUGCUUACAGGAGGAAGAUAUUCAUGUCUUUCUUGCAGAAUUGCUGCUUAUCGAUUCCUUGACGCAUGGAUUGGGAUCGCUCUCACUUCGCGGCACAGUCUGGGGCACGAGGGUCCUCAUUCUGCAAGCGUUUUUCCAAGUGGCUGCGUCGCAGGUCAUGCGCAUAAGCUCCUACCUCUGCCUCUUCUGCCUCCGUCCUUCCCUAGCUUCUCCCUGCUGCAGCUGCAGUCGACCAGAGACUAGUUUUCAGGCUGAUGGCCUGACAGGAGCACCAGCACAAGUCAAAAAAAAACAGGGAGAGUUCCGCAGGAAUUUGCAUGCUGGCUUCCGUCGACCUUCGUCGACGCUUGCCCGCCCCUUCCGGCGGGAAUGGCACAUUUACAUCUUGCUCGCUUGCGAAUGCCAUCGUUGCCUUGCUACAGCGAAUCCAAGCAACACCCCUUUUGCGCACCCUCUGCUGAUUCUCGAGAUCAUGACGCGCCUGCCUGGGCGCGCAAGCCUGGCAUGCACCAAAGCCGCGCUCACGGACAGCCACCUGCGCACUCCUCUGGCGUCGAGGGGUGCAGUGCCUGCCGUGCCCUGCGCACUGGAGCCGCACAGAGACCAUGCUCAGAACCACCUCCUGCGCGCCCCCGCUUGCGACGAGGCAGCACGCUUACCGUGCCCUGCGGCCCCAGAGCGUGUGGCGGCUCAGGGGCCGCCGCCUGCGCACCCCUCUGGCGCCACAGCAGGUACCGCGCCAGCCGCCUCCCCCGUGCAGACCUGGAGUGCCGCAGCACCGCGCCCAGACCCUCUGGCGACGAACGCUGCACGCCUCCCGUGCCCUCCUGCGAGCCCGGGCUGUGAAGAA